UGCUCUGUCCCGAGCGUCGCUCGCCGCUGCUGCUAACCAGAAGCGCAGUACGGACACAUACAGCUACCUUUGCGAUACUGCCUGGGUAUUUUCAGAGCGAGCGGGCAGGCUGUGUUUAGUUCCUGAGCUGACAGCAGCUUAGCAUCAUGGCAUCUGGAGACCCUGUGAUGAACGGCGACAUCACUCGCCUUCCCCAUCAGCCGGGCACACUGGAGGAAACCCUGCAGCAGAUGAACAUCCUCAUUCAGGAGAACAGAGACCUGAAAGAGGCUCUGCGUCAGACUAACCUGACGAUGAAAGAGCGUUUCGAAGGUUUAGCUGCAUGGCGGGAGAAGCAGAAGCAAGAUCGGGACUUCCUGGAGAACCGGCUGGAGGAGGCCCGUGGCGGCAUAGAAGCACUUACCCUCCAAAACCAGGAGCUGAACAUGAGGCUGGAGGAGGCCGGGAGGACAGCGGGAGGUGUGGGAGGAUUGCAGUGUGCAGAGCUGGAGGCCAUGCGUGCUCAGGUUGCUCGUCUGCAGGCAGAGAAGAAUGACCUGGUGGCCUUGAACUCCGAACUGCAGCUGAAGGCAGAGCAGGACUCCCAGGAUGAUUCAUUUAUUGAGAUCAUCAAGGUGUCGGAUGGAGGUGUCGAUGGUGUGAACGAAGCGUGCGGUGUGGAGCACAGCAAACGCCUGGACGUGAGCAUGACGGCGUCACGGGUGGACAACAAGGAGGCGACGGUUAGCCAGCUGCUGCAGUCCCUGAGGAACGAGGUGGAGAAAAGCGACAAGCUGCAAGGCGAGCUGCAGGCCUGCGCUGCCAGAAUUCAAGAGCUAGAAGAAAGAAAGUCUAGUGUAGAGGAAUUCACACAGACAGCUGAGUCUGAGACCAAGGAGGAUUCUGGGAAAGAAGAUAAGGCAGCCUCUGAGGUGGAGAAUCUGAAGGCUCAGAUGAUGACGCUGUUCAAAGAGCUGCAGCAGGCUCAGAGCAAGCUGGAUGAAGCAGAAGGCAUGAAGAAGAACCUGCAGGACAGAUGUCGGGAGGUGGAGCAGGACGUGGUGACUCUAAAGACUCAGCUGGUGGAGAAACAGGCCGUUCAGGCGGAGAAUGACCGACUGAAGCUGCAGCUGAGCAGCAUGCAGGCCCAGAGCCUGCUGGAUCAGAGGAAGGCUGGAGAGGAGAGGAACAACCUGGCACAGCUGAAGGAUGCCUACACCAAGCUGUUUGAGGACUACAAUGAGUUCAAAGAGGAGAAACAGAAAAAAGGGUCUCAGCUGGUGGAGGAGCUGCAGGAACAGCUGACUGCAGCUGAAGAAGCCCUGGCUAUUAAACAGAAGAAGAUUGAUGAAAUGAAGCAGGAGAUGUUCCAAAAGGAGAAGGAGCUGGAGACCAUAUCUGUUUUCCAGGCUCAGGCAGAGAUCUACUCUUCAGACUUCCACGCAGAAAGAGCAGCACGGGAGAAACUCCACGAAGAAAAGGAGCGUCUGGCUGCUCAGCUGGAGUAUGUGAAGAAGCAGAACACCCAGCUGCAGGAGGAGAUGGACUCACUGGGCAGGCGCUCGCUGAACGAGAUGCAGAGGAGACAUAUGUCACAAGGUGGAAAUCCACACGGAGCUGGUCCCACUUUGGUUGGAAGAGGUGCUGACUGGCAGCAUCAGGGGAAUAUUCCCGAACACGCCUGUCCCAAGUGUAAUGAGAUCCUUCCAGACCUGGACUCCCUGCAGAUCCACAUCAUGGACUGCAUCAACUAGACCUGCAUCACAGCAUAUAAGCAUUCACAACAACAACAACAAUGGCUGCAUUAUCGUGUAAUCUGAGUCUUCCUGUGCUUUGACUUGUACCUCUUCUGCGACAUCACUCCAAGAGAUCCCAUACAGGAUCAGUAACAUUUAUUCCAGGGUGAGAACACUUUGUUUUUGGAAGAAGUCAAAGUGUGGAGUUUUGGAAGUGCAUGUGAAACAAGUAUGUCAUCUUUACUCUGUUGUACACCUGAAAAUUUCUCACAAACACUCAAAACGGGAUAGAAAACAUUCUACAGAACACCUCCUCUUGUAGGUUUGGGCCUCAUGUUGUCUGUCAUAUAGUUUUGUUUUUUUGUAGCAGUGAUUUCUGAAACAAGCUGAAGUUCUUCAAGAGCAAAACAAGUCCAGAUCAGCAAAACAGAAACUGCAUAAACCUGUUGGUAAAAUUUUAUUUCAGCACUGACUGCCGCUCAUAAAUACAUUAGUAAAUCAACCAAAGUUGAGCCUUUAAAAGCUGCAUCUGUUUAUGAGUAUUUGGUUCUGAAGGCUUUCUAUAUUUUUGAAGGAUUCCUUUUCAAAUUAAAAUAAAAUUGCUUCUAUAUUUUUCCUCACUAAGGAUAUUUUUGGUCAUAAUUGGGUGUUUGGUGUUGGUGGUAAAAUGAGCAUUCACCGUGUAGGCACUUUAUGAAGAUAUAUAUUUUAUUUUGACUUUGCAAAUGAUAUGUGAUAAUUCGAAUAUAUUUAACCAAACAUAUAUUUAACGUGAUGAUCCUUUUGUCACUAAAGUGCAGGCAGAUGCUGAAAUCUGUAGCCUGUAAAGACUUUGAUUCAAGUUCUGUGGAAGAAAAUAAAAGCAUUUGCAAAUGUG